AUGGCAACGCUACCAGUGCGUUCCGAUGCUCCCAUCGUUGUUGGGGAGGCACCCUUACAGAAGGCCGUCCUAGAGUUCAAGGCCCCUGGUAAACUCGAGGUAGAGUCCGGAUACGAACAGAUGACCGUGGCGACUGAGCCAGACGAUUUCUGGAUAGAGCUACAAGAGCUCAUGCUCCUGGAUAAGCCGCUUGAAGGCAAGGUUAGCGACAAUACGGGGCGUCCGUACUGGUCAGACGAGUACGCCAUGCCCAUGGGCCCUCAAAAGUUCGACCUGACAGGGCUCAGGUCCACAGGCGACAAGGUUUGGGUGAAGUUAAUACGCGAAGCGUCGACUCUGUAUAUCCUUGAAGUCAAUUGUGGGGAUGAGAACCCGCGUGAUGAGAAGGCAGCGGAUGGACAAGCGCGUGAUGAGGACGCAGCGGACGGACAUGCGAUUUGGAGGCGAUUGAAACUUUAUAAAGAUGGAGAGAUGGAGUUUUUCGACGUGGCAAGCGACGAAGACAAAGCUGAUGGACAUACAAACGUGUCACGACGCGUCAAUGGGCGGGGGACGAGGUCUGACGGUUUGGAUACAGCCUUGUGGAACGGUCGAGCGGCUAGUUCGACGCGCUAUCCUUUGCGAUCAAAAGGCGCCACUGACGUCUUGUCAGGACAACAGCAAACGGCCCCUGAAGCCGGCUCACCGGUUCUGGGGAGUGACGCUGACCAAGUACUGCCCAUCGGCAAAAGGGUCAGCCAGAGAGAACGACUCAACGAUGAUCCGUACCAAGUCCUCUCAGACGGCGAGCAAACGCAAGCCAGCGCGCUCCCGAAACGAUCUGCCGUUGACCUGGUCGCUGUACUGACUCCGAUCGAGCUGUGGGAUGAUUCAGGUUUGAAGAUUCAAUUCUGGGGAAUCCCUCGAACGCUGAAUGUGAUUGCAGAUGACGCCGCGAAGCAAGCUGCUAGGAAGGUGGACGGUCCAGAUGAAUACUGUGAAAUUAAGGGCGUCCUCACAUAG